CGGUGACAGUAUCAUGCUUUUAGGGCUUUUUCACGAAUGCUAGUCCAGUCCAGGCACAGCGAAAUUUCACAGUUUUCCUUUUCCACAAACAAAGAAGCACACAGCUCUGUCUUCAUGUGAAUUAUAGUAUUAUACUACAUAUAUAUGUAGAUGAAAAAGUUGAGAGGAAUAGUUCCUGGGGAGAAUUUCCUUGGACUAAAAUCUGAAAAUGCAAAGGCAACUCUGCAUCAAGCUGCUCUCUAAAAUCCCAAGAAAUGCCUCAACUACCAAUACCAACUCGAUCUUCCAACCCAGUUAUUCUUCAUCAUUCUUGAAGAGCAAUGCGAACCCGUUCUAUCAACAGUCUAUCUCUCAACAUUCCUCCCUUUCACCUUCCCAUUUAUGGAAAUUUUGCAGUUCUAAUGGAGUUUCGGGGAGUAUUCGAAAUGGGUUUUUCUCGAGCCCAGUUCUUGCCAGGAGGUCUUUUUCGAACGUUCUUUCCAAGGGGCAAAGCAAAUUUCCUGUUAAUGGUACAGUUGGGACUCAGGCUGGAAGAAAUUUUCACUCGUUUGAUUCUCAGUACCGUGGCUGGAGAUCAAUUUUUAGAAGGCUUACAACUGAUGGAGUUGUGAUAGGCUUGAUAGUAACAAAUGUGGCUGUUUUCUUGUUGUGGAGAAUUGCUAGCCCUCAAUUUAUGGUGAAGAAUUUUAUGAUUUCAGUGGACAAUUUUACAAGUGGCCGGUUGCACACAUUGAUAACCUCUGCUUUUAGUCAUAGAGACAGUUGGCAUCUCAUUUCAAAUAUGGUUGGACUCUACUUUUUUGGAUCAAGUAUAGGAAGAAAUUUUGGACCUGAGUAUUUGCUGAAGUUAUACCUAUCUGGAGCGGUUGUUGGCUCAAUCUUUUAUCUGGCCUAUCAUGCCUUUAUAGCUCCAUCAUUCCAGAGAAAGCAAAUGGGUAUUCAUCCUUCAAAAGUUCCAGGACUGGGUGCAAGUGGAGCUGUGAAUGCAAUAAUGCUUCUCGAUAUAUUUCUCUUUCCAUCAGCCACCCUCUAUUUUAACUUUUUUAUACCAGUACCAGCUAUUUUACUGGGAAUCUUUAUUAUUGGUAAAGAUGUCUUGAGGAUAUUGGAGGGUGAUCGUGAAGUCUCUGGCUCUGCUCAUCUGGGUGGAGCUACAGUUGCUGCCUUAGCAUGGGCACAAACUAGGAAGGGACGUUUCCGACGAUUCUGACUGUACAUCUCUUUCUUUAUGCCUCUAGUUGCAGCCAAUCUAGGCGUAGAUUGUUAGAUUUCCGAACGCUCGCCAACAGCAUCUCCUUUGACAUUGAACUCUCUUUCUAUAUUUUGAAUUUAACAUGAAAUGCGACUGCUUUUGGCCGA